CAUCAUUAAGAAUUUGCACAUCUCUAAGGCAACUUUGAAGCAAAGACCAGAAACUGUUUUGAUUAAAAUUUUAAGCAUUUUCCAUACAAUUUCACUACAAGAAAAUAAAAAAGAACAAACCAACUCCAAAGCACACGCACUAAGCCUUUCCCAGCAUUCCCCAGCACCCCAUCAAUAAGCUCUCAAGCCAAACUCACACCAACUCAAACGAAAUAACCACUACCUCGACGCCCGCCCUCGCCAUCAGCAACGCCAUUUCGGCGAAAUUUUUCCACCAUUUCGUUAAAGCGCUUCAUUAAAUUGGCUUAUAAAAUUGGCAAAAUAACUAAGAGCUCCAAAAUGCCGCCAGCGUCAGCGGUAAAUAAUAAUAAUGCUGCAGCCCAGGCAGCGAAAGCCGAACGAGCCGAAAAGUUGCGAGGGGCGCUCAAAGGAUUCAUUGUUGCGGAUCGGCAACGUCGACAGGAGGAGUACGAGGCGCAAUGCGAGGAGCAGCGUUUGCGACGCGAACGUGAGGCACGUGAACGCGAAAAUACCCAAUCACUGGAGGAUACACGUGGCCAGAUCACCAAACUGGAUGAACAAUUAACCGACCUGCAUAAUCAGAAACAUCAAUUAGUGGUGCAACUGAAAAAGGUUCUCAACGACGACGAGUCCCGUAAAAAACAGGCCAAGGAGAUUGAAUUAUUUGCCCUACAGCAGGCCCAACAGCAUGCGGCUGCAGCAGCUGCAGCCAACGCCUCCGUCUUUUUGCCGCCCCUGCGACUUCAGCACCAUAUGCCUCCUAUACUACAAAAGCCUCCGCCUGGUAAUCAGCCAUCAAAACGUGGUCGCAGCCCCUCACCGCCCAGUCAACAUCAGGCGUACUACAAAAGUGCCGCUAGUUAUGCCCAACAGAAAUCGCACGAUGACUACCGUCGUGCCGCGGACUAUGCUAGAUUAUCAUGGAACAAACCGAAUGCCUCAUAUCCAAGUACGGGUACAUUGUUCUAUCAGACCACCGCCGCUCCGCCGACCACACAGCAUCAGGCCGAUGCACGCCUUCAGUCAAUCUAUAACUAUAGUUUGCCCCUGCGACAAGCCUAUCAUGUGGAUCUGCCCAAUGCCACGGUUGGCAAGGCUCCCGAUGCCCAAUCACCGAAAUCCCAGCCGAUGCAGGUGCUGCACAUUAACCUGGAUCAACCGCCCUCCCAGGCAGACCUUGUAGUCCAGGCGGGGUCAACAGCCGUUAACAGCCUCUCCGUACAAGCAUCCAAGCCGCAAGUGACAAUGGAAAAGGUACACGAUCGCUAUCACAUCGAAGUCAAACAUGAUGGAGCACCAUCAUCCCAAGGUCAUGUGCCGCAACCACCGCCGCAUUUACUAUCCGAGGGUGUUAUCUAUAAACCGAUGAUAUCUGAAUUACAUUCGAAUGUUCUACAGAUCAGCAGUGCCGGACAGAAUCCCAAGUCAACUGGCAGUAUUACCCAAGGUUAUGCGCCAGGGCGUGGUACAUCUGCCCAUGAACAGCAACAACAACAACAACAAAUGGCCAGACAACAGUUAACAAUGCUAACAGCUCAACCGGGUCCGCCGCCUCCUGGUUCGAAUCAGCCGCCACCUGGACAGCCAAUGCAUUAUACGCGACGCUUAUAUUAAUUCCUAAUCACAUAGUUCAACGGUUUUAAAAUGAGAAACGUAAAUUGAUUCUGACUAUGCUGUUCAAUUGCAGCGUAAAAACAAAAACACAAACAAUAUAAAGCACAUAUAACUAUGGCGUCCCUAUUUUCAAAAAAAAAAGAGAAGAAAAAAGAAACACCCAAAAUACAAACGAAUGUUUUGAUAUACAUUUAUUUUUUGAUUGUAUAAAUUCUAUCGAAAGAAUCACAUAAAUUAUUAUUUGCUCAGCUGUGGAAUGAA